UUUGGAAAAAAAACAACAACCGGAAGUUGUGUAAUUAACUCUCCAGGACUUGAGACCGGAGGAGAGGAGAGACGCCGAUACACCAACUCAAGUAGAAAGGGGGUUGAACCGAGGACGUGUGGUUUUUCUUGGGAGAGUGGCAUCCGCGUGGGGAAGGCAAGUCGCGCGCUGCCCACUCAGCCUCUCUGGACCGCUGGAUCCAUCCGGAUAAAACGACAACCUGCCUCCCCAGAGGUCCUCACCAUGAGGGCGAGCGCGUGGAUUUACCAAGCCGUGGCGUGCGUGGUGGUCACUGUAUUAAGCACAGGAUGUUGCCGGACCCAUCAGUCGCUACAGAAGUACGAAAAGAGCGAAAGUCGCCUGCUGGUUUGCACGGACUGCCCCCAGCCCCCUCUGGUACGAAGGAGCCGAUCGCAGGAGCACUGCGCCCGCAAGUGCAAGAAGGUCAAGAAAAACUUCAACUGCCGGGCUUUCAACUUCCAGCGGCACAACAGGACGUGCCACUUGCUUCCCUUCGACCGCUUCAGCCGCGGCGCGCAGACGCGGCCCGACGCCGACUUCACGCUGUAUGAGAAGAAAGAUUACAUAAGGGAGUGCAUCGUCGGCACCAAGGACAACUACAGAGGGAGGAGGUCUUGGACCAAGUCAAACAUCACUUGCCAAGCCUGGUCAGAUAAUAACAUCAAUGAACACACGUUUUAUCCCGAUAGGUACCCAACGCAAGACCUGAGGGAGAACUUCUGCAGGAAUCCCAACAACGAUCCCGGUGGUCCGUGGUGCUACACCACAGACCCCAACGUCCGGGCCGAGGAGUGUGGCGUGCCGCAGUGUUCAGAGGAAGUCUGUAUGGCGUGUAAUGGGGAGAAUUACCGGGGCAAACUCGACCAUACAGAGAGUGGCAAGGAGUGCCAGAGGUGGGACUCCACCAGGCCCAACAAGCACCACUUCCAGCCCAAAAAGUAUCGGCACAAAGACUUGAGGGACAACUACUGUCGCAACCCAGACAACCGCCUCCGUCCCUGGUGCUACACCACGGACCCCAAAACUCCGUGGGAGUAUUGCAACAUCACUCUGUGUGAUUCUGGCUCCUGUGAGGACACCGACGUCAACGUCACCACGUCCUGUGUCCAGGACAAGGGCACCGAUUACCGAGGCACGAUGAACGUCACCCCGGAGGGCGUGACGUGUCAGCGAUGGGACUCCCAGUCGCCGCAUAACCACUCCUUUCUUCCUCAGAACUUCAGGUGCAAAGACCUCCGAGAGAACUACUGCCGCAACCCCGACGGUGCAGAUUACCCAUGGUGCUUCACUACGGACCCCAAUCAGAGGACGGCCAACUGCACCCACAUCCCCAGGUGUGACGCUGAGGCCACAGAAAAAAAUGAGUGUUACGAAGACAACGGAGAGACAUACCGGGGCACAUUAUCCAUAACUCGAUCCGGCAUUCCCUGUGCAGACUGGUCACAUCACAUCAACAGCGGGGAUUCUCACUCCACGGAAUCCCAUGUAGGGCUGGAGGAGAACCACUGCAGGAACCCGGACCGGGACAAACAUGGCCCCUGGUGUUACACCAAUCCAAAUAAGCGUCUGGCCUGGGACUACUGUAAACUGAAGCACUGUGAAUCGGCUACAAUGGCUCCGCGGUCCAACACUUUAACGGGGCCCAAGAUAUCGUGUUUUGUGCAUAUAAACACCAGAAUUGUGGGAGGACACCAAGUGCGAGGUACAGAUGGAAGCUGGGUGGUCAGCAUCCAAAGAGAGAAGGUCCAUUUGUGCGGGGGCUCGUUGAUCAGAGAAGAUUGGAUUUUGACAGACCAGCAGUGCUUCACCUCCUGCGUUCCGGACCUGCGGGACUACAGCGUGCAGGUCGGCCUGCGCCACCUCAACGAGUCCUCGAGCCACCCGAGGCUCCGCAUCUCUCGCCUGAUCUGUGGCCCCGAGGGAUCCAACCUGGUUAUGCUGAAACUAGUGGACCCGGCCCCGGUGUCCGAGGGGGCCUCCACCGUUCAUCUUCCAGUAAAAGAGUGUCACAUCCCCGAGGGCACCAACUGCACCAUGUACGGAUGGGGGGAAACCAAAAACACAGGAUACGAUGAGGCGCUGAACGCUUUGACCAUGCCCAUGGUCAACGGUGACAUGUGCACGCAAAUCAAAGGGGACGCCGGGGAAAGCCGAAUAUGCGCCGGCGGGAAGAGGGGAGAAGGCGUGUGUGAUAAAGACAACGGCGGUCCACUGGUCUGCCAGGAACACGAGCGCAGGGUCGUCGUGGGCGUGAGCAUCCAAAGGACCAAGUGCGCCUCGUCGCAGCCCGCGCUCUUCGUCAACGUCGCCUUCUACUCCGAGUGGAUAUACAAAGUGUUCAAGCUCUACCCCAGCUUGGAGAGGAACUGA